UCUUCUUCUUCUUCAUCAUCAUCGCCAAACAAAGAAGCUCAUGACAUACGUGGUCCACUGCCACCGUGUGGCCUGGUGCGUCUGCGAAUUAAAUUUAAAAUUUCUGUCAACGACAAAAAGUGCCAACAUCAAUUGGAAAGCCACCAACGUUCAAAGUUACACCUUAUAAGUUAGUUAUUAAAAAAAAAAAAAGUGUACUGUAUUUCAAUGUGGUUUCUCGGCUCCUCCCGGGCACUAGAGGGCAACUUUGGCCCGGAAAGGGUGUCGUGAUUGGUCGUUGUGGCGGCGGGACCGUUUUUGUGUGAGCUGGUCUCCUUGUUUUCGUCCGGCAACGUUUUCAGACCAAUGGGAGACAGUGACGAUGAGUUCGACAGGAGGCGGCGCGACAAGUUCCGGAGGGAGCGUAGCGACAUGGAGCGAUCCCGAGAGCGGGAAGAGAGGCGACGCGACGACUGGCCCGACAGGGACUGGGAACGCGGCAGAGAGAGAAGACGGGACUACGACCGCGGCCGCAGGGAGAGGUUUUCGCCGCCGAGACACAUGAGCCCUCAGCACAAGCGCAUGAGGAGAGACUGGGACGACCACCGGGGCGAGCCGUACCGUUUUGAGCAGCCCUUUGGAGGAGGAGGCGGCGGCGGCGGCGGCGCUUUGUUCCCGAGGGUGGGGCCUCAAGGCUGGCCCCCCGACAUCCCGCAAGUGCCCAUGCAUCACGGCGCUCACCCGCUGCAGGGCAGGUUGGCAAUGGUGGAUCCGGACCUGCCGCCCCCCGGACCCCCGACCAUGAGAAGCUUCAAGGACUUCCUGCUGAACACGGAGGACAGCGUGGACGAGACCGAGGCAGUCAAGCGCUACAAUCAGUACAAAUUGGACUUCCGGCGCCAGCAGCUGCAGGACUUCUUCGUCCAGCACAAAAACCAGGAGUGGUUCCGCUCCAAGUACCACCCCGACGACAUCGCCACCAGGAAGGCGGAGUCCCUGGCCGCGCUCAAACGCCGUCUGGGCGUCUUCCUCUUUCUGUGGGACAACAAGUGGCUGGACGGCGUGGCGCUGGACAUGGAGCACGCCACCGCCAUCAUUAAAGUGCUGGACGCAGCGGUCAUCAAGAUGGAGGGCGGCACGGACUUGGACCUGAAGGUGCUGGAGCCCGGCAGGGAGCAGGCCGGAGGAGAAGAGUCCGCGGCGGGUCCGAGCAAGGAGCCGGAGAGGACCCGAAGUCAGGUGGGAGUGCCGUGUUGGGUUCUGCUAUCUGUUUUUGGGUCACGGAAAGCUCCGCUAUACUUGAUAAACGGGGGAUCUGCUGUCGAAGUAAAUGACGACGACUUCACACCUCUGAAGGAUGAGGAGAGCAAGCAGAAUGGGGAAGAUGAGGAGGACGAAGAGGAGGAGGAAGAGGACAAGGAGGAGGAGAAGGAGCGGAAGGAAGAAGAGGAGGAGCCCAAGAAAAGCAGGAAGAGGAAGCGCAGCAUGUCGGCUGACAGCGGCGAAGGCUCGGCCUCCGACUCCUCGCGCUCCGACGGCGAGAAGGAAGAGAAGGCGCCCGCGUCGCCGGUGCGGCCUCGGCCGCUGCACCUCACCACCUCGCUUUUCAUCAGGAGCGUCCCGCCAGACGCGUCCAAAGAGGAGAUCGCCGCACUGUGUCGCAGGUACUCGGGCUUCCUGCGGGUGGCGCUGUCAGAACCGCAGCCGGAGAGGAGGUUCUUUCGGCGGUGCUGGCUGACAUUUGACCGCGGCGUCAACAUCAAGGAGACGUGCUGGAACCUGCAGAAUAUUCGGCUCCGAGACUGCGAGCUUUCCCCGGUGGUCAACCGCGAUUUGUGCCGUCGCGUCCGCAGCGUGAACGGGCUGACCCAGCACAAGCCCGUGGCGAGGAACGACGUCCGCCUGGCCGCCCGGCUGGUGCACGCGCUGGACCAGAGGGCGGAGCUGUGGCAGGAACAGACGGAGACCAACCCCGUCCUGAAGAAUAUCACCGAUUACCUCAUCGAGGAGGUGAGCGCCGAAGAGGAGGAGCUGAUGGGCGGCGAGGCCGGCGACGUCAAGGACGCGGUGUCGUCGGACGUCAGCGUGGAGACGGACAAGACCUUGUUGAAGGUGCUGGACACGCUGCUGCUCUACUUGCGGGUGGUCCACUCCCUGGACUACUACAACUUCUGCCAGUACCCCACCGAAGACCACAUGCCUCAUCGCUGCGGACUGAUACACGUGCGGGGACCCCUGCCCGUGGCCAAGAUCACCGCAGCCGAAGUGAGCGAACACCUGAAGAUGUGCGAGGAGCGUCUGGCUCCCCUGCUGAGUCCGCCCGAAGCGCUGAGUGCGGACGACGCCGUGCGCCUGGGGAAGAAAGACCCGGAACAGGAAGUGGAGAAGUUCCUGGCGGCCAACACUCAGGAGCUCAGCAAAGACAAGUGGCUGUGCCCUCUGAGCGGCAAGAAGUUCAAGGCUCCGGAGUUUGUGCGCAAACACAUCCUGAACAAACACAGCGAGAAGGUGGACGCCGUCAGACAGGAAGUGGACUACUUCAACAACUACCUGAUGGACGCCAAGAGGCCGGUGUUGCCCGAGAACAAGCCCCCACCUCCGCCGGCGCAAGCUCCCCCCGCCAGCUUUCCCGCACAGUCGCCUCAACCGCAAAGCCUUCUGGGAUACCCGCCCGGCAUCAGGCCCCUGCUGCCCGCCUUCCCCGGAGCUCCUCAUUUCCCCGCCAACCAGUUCGGGGCCGGCCGCGGUCACUACGACAGCUUCCGGGGCAACUUGGGCUUCCCGGCCAAACAGCCGAACAACAGGGGGAUGCGAGGAGACCCCCGCUCCAUCAUCGAGUACAGAGACCUGGACGCUCCGGAUGACCUGGACUUCUUUUAAACCAACCGGCGACUUUCUUCCCCACGACUCCCUCUCUGCUUUUGUGCGUGCGCGUGUGUGUUCCUUCCUGCUGGACCAAGAUUACUUUUUCAAAAGUCACGAUGUCAUAUUAAAGAAAAACAAAAGGCA